AUGGACAAAAUCGGCAAAUUCAAUGUGGCCCAUCGCUAUGAGAAGCGCUCGCUCUUGAUCGCGGUCAAUUGCGUGGCUGGCCUUGGGGUCAACCCCAAUAGAAACUAUGCCGAGACUAUGGGCUUCGGCCACUGGACUGGCAAGGAAACCGCCAUUGACCAUGCCCUCCUCCAAGGAGGUAUCGUCGCUGUAUACUAUCUCCCCGGCACACUCGUCGGAGCUUUCCUUGGUGGAUGGUUCGGCGACAGGUACGGCAGAAUUCUGACAAUCGCCAUCGCAAGCUACUGGUCCAUCGUGGGCGCCAUCCUACAAUGCUCUUCACAAAACGCGAACUGGAUGUUCUGCGCCCGUACCCUCAACGGUAUCGGCACAGGUAUCUUGAACGCCAUCACACCCGUCUGGGCUACAGAGACUGCAAGCCAUACAUCUCGAGGACAAUUCGUCGCGAUUGAGUUCACGCUGAAUAUCUUCGGUGUAGUGGUAGCCUACUGGAUUGAAUAUGGCUGCUCCUUCUACGGCCAAAAGGACUCCGAUUUCAUCUGGCGAUUCCCCAUCGCAUUCCAAAUCGUCCCCCUGAUUGCCCUCGGCAUCGUUAUCUGGUUCCUGCCCGAAUCCCCACGUUGGCUCACUAAGGUCGGCCGCGAGGAUGAAGCUCGAUAUAUCCUCGGCAGGCUUCGUGGAGAGGAGGACGACCUGGCAGAAGCCGAAUUCCAGGAUAUUCGCAACAUUGUCCAACUCGAGCGCAAGACCUCGUCGCAAAACAGCUACUUGGCUAUGUUCUUUGGGUGGAACUCCGGAAAGCUACACACUGGGCGUCGUGUCCAGCUCGUUAUCUGGUUGCAAAUUCUCCAAGAAUGGAUCGGUAUCGCUGGUAUCACUAUCUACGGCCCAUCUAUCUUCAAAAUUGCCGGCGUGUCAGAAACGGAUCGCCUGUGGAUCUCAGGUCUUAACGAUAUAACUUAUAUGUUGGCUACUCUGAUUUGCGUUUUCACACUCGACAGAAUUGGACGUCGGUGGACUUUGUACUGGGGCUGCGUCGGGCAAGGAAUCAGCAUGUUCGCGGCCGGUGGGCUUGCUCGCGCAACGAUCAACGCCCAAGCUUCUGGCAAAAGCACCAGUGGCGUGGGUGGCGGUGCCAUCUUCUUCGUCUUUCUGUAUACGGCUAUUUUCGGUGCGACGUGGUUGACGGUCCCAUGGCUUUACCCUGCCGAAAUCUUCCCGCUAGAAGUCCGAGCACGCGGUAACGCUUGGGGUGUGGUUGGAUGGUCGAUUGGUAACGGCUGGACUGUGCUUCUCCUCCCCACCGUCUUCGCCGCUCUCAACGAAAAGACUCUGUAUCUCUUCGGUGCCGUCAACGCACUCUCGCUCGUCGUCGUAUGGGCGCUGUAUCCAGAAACAAAUCAACGCACGCUCGAAGAAAUGAACUUGGUGUUCGCCGCCGACUCCAUCUGGAAUUGGGAGGCUGAGAAGAACUACAAAAUCCUCAAGGAGCAGAAUCCUGAACUCGUGCAGGCUGCGAGGAGGAACACCAGCGUUAUUGAUCCGGAGACAGGCGAAAGGAGGAGCAGUAUCAUCCCGGCGAGGAACUUGAGCUUGGAUGCUAAGGCAUAUGAGAAGGCCACUAAUGAGGAUAGUGAUGAGGGAGAGAAGGGGAUUAAGCAUGGUUAG